AUUUUGAAUAUAUUAGGUUAAAUAAAAUAUUAAAAUUUCAGCUGUCUCUUUUUAUAUUUUUUAUUCUUUAUUUUUAUUUUUUAAAAAAGAUUUUAUUUAUUUAUUCAUGAGAGACACAGAGACAUAGGCAGAGGGAGAAGCGGGCUCCCCGAUGCCGGACUUGAUCUCAGGAUCCCGGGAUCACCACCUUAGCCAAAGGCAGACACUCAAACCCUGAGCCACCCAAGCGUCCUUCUUUUAAUAUUUUUUGGUGUGGCUACUUGGAAAUUUUAAGUUCUGAAUGUGGCUCAUAUCUGUGCCUCCCCAUUAUGUUUCGAUUGCCUAAAACUGUCACAGACUAUCUCCAGAAUAUGCAACAAACUCAUAUUGGUGGCUGCCUCUAGGCAGGGGUGCUGAAAGUUUUUAGUAGGGUGGGAGACACUUUUCACUGCUGUUUUGUACCAUUUGAAUUUUGUCCCUUGUUUGAAUUUUUGGUACCAUGUGCCAAUUAAAAAAAAAAAACAUUUAUCGUGUUAGAAGCCAUGAGAAAAGGCACUGGAAAAGUGAAUACUGCAAAAAAGAUGCUGUGUGGGAACAGGCUUGGAGAAGCAGAAGGAUUCUGCAAACGUGAUAAUUUUUUCUUCUUUUCUGCCAAGGUACUGGGGUCACACUAGACCUCCUUAAGUAAGCCCAGAGCUUGAUGUGUACAAUCCAGAGCCAGGAUAUUCUUUUCAUGGGACGUGGAGGUUUCUGCAGUCAAGAACUGUCACUGUACUCAGGACUUGGUUGGAUGGGAGGAGUCAUUCCUCCUAUGAUAGAAUUGCAAAUAUUUAUUUUAGCUUAUUUUUAUUGACUACCUUUUUUUUUUAAUUGAGCACAUAAUCUGUGAUCUAAUUGUUGAUUGGGGAAGACACAAAGAGCUGAUGUGUAGGAUGCUCUGAAAUGACCCUUCUGUGGUCUUGGCCUUUCCUCAUUGGCCCAGAGGUGACCUCUGAGUGUGGGAUUUCAAAGGAUUCAAGGAUAUAAUACUCCCCCACUUUUUGUUGGCCACACACACACCCUCCCCACACCCUGUAGAAGUGUGUGUGUAUGUGUGUGUUGGAAGGGGAUACCUGUUGGGUUGAUUUUGAAAAUGCAACCCCUUGGUUUUAUUUCUGGUGUUUGAGGUGGGAGGCCCACAGAGUGUCUCCUCCUCCCUCUGACCUCUCAGGACAGUUGCAUCCUGGGCUGUGAGUAGUGGCUGGAGGCUGGGAACUGGAUCCUUGAUCCAGGGUGGAUGGACCUGAAACCUCAGCCCUGUCCAGCAUGAAGCAUAGCACCUGACACAUCACAGAAGCUGAGCAAAAUGUUGGGUGAAGGAAAAGUCAUGAUCUGCACCAUCCUACCCCUCUUACAUAGGACUGGGGUCUUUGUAUCCCCUUCUUCCACAAGUCCCCUAGCUCACUCAGCCCCACACAGGCCAGGCCUUCCCUUCUGCCACUCCCACCCACUGCCCGUGGUAUCAGAGGGAUGCGGCUGCAGAGAAGGGAAGCAAAGCCUCAGUUCCUGCUUUCCUGAGCUGUGUUCCACCCAGCCAGAGGCCGUCUCCUUGCUGGGGAGAUGAGAUGCAGAAGCACUUACUGCUAAUUCACUUUUUACUGUAGCCUUCCAGGGCUCAUUCCAGGAAAGCAGGAUUGCUGAAAAGUCAUCAGUUGUAAGAUGCUCAUUUUAAACUAGUGACAGAUUCCGUUUCCUUGGUCAUCAAAGAAACACCAAUUAAACAAUGUGGUGCCCUCGACAUCACAUUAGCCAAACCGUCAGUUGGCAUGAGAUUAUUUCCAUAACUUGGUUCUGAGGUUGGAACACCUUCUUUGGCCCCCGUCGCCAAAACCUCAGUCAUUAGAGCCUCCACUGAGACUGCUGGAGAAAACAAGACCCCCUGGGGUCAUCUGUAACCCGGGGCCCCAUGAGUUACACGUAGGUCCCCACCUCGGGUCUACCUCCAGUGCCGGGUGUGUGGGGAGGCCCCGCUGGGUACUGACGCUUCCCGGACACAGCGCGCUGCCAGCCGCUAGGGCCGGGAGGCUGCAGGAGCGCCGCGCCGGGGGUGAAUUUUUGCUCUAUCACUUGCCUUGGGUGACCUUGAACGAGUUAAUGAACUUCUUCACGCCUCAACAUCCGAGUGGAUGAUAAAGUGGAGUGGCGAACUCAGACCGCACGGUGAAGCCGCGGAGUGGAGCCUCUCACGGUGCCUACCGGUGAGAUUGUAGGUGAUGUUAAAUCUCGGGGGGUGGGGGGGAGAGGUCCCUCUGAGGCCACCCCAGCAGGUGUGGCUUCCUCAGGGACUUUCUCCACCGAGGGUAACUCCAGACCACAUCCCGAGAGGCAGAAUUUGGGAAGCCAGGAUCCUCGAGUCCUGGCUGGGGGAGCGAGAGGACGGUGCCUGGAGGCUUCAGAGGCUCCCCAACUCCUUAGCCCCAACCGAAGCCGGGAACUGGGCUGGGCCCGGCUGGUCAGCCUCCGCGCCUUUCACCCCGGGCCCCGCCCUCGGCCCCGCCCUCCCCUACCCCGCGCCCCCAUUGGCGGCGUCCGGCGGCGCGGCCGCUGUUAUUUUUCGAAUAUAUAAGGAGGUGGAGGUGGCAGCUGCCGCCGAGAGGCUUCCCGGACUGGCGGUCGGUCCCCGCGUCCCUCCACCCCGCCCCACCCUCCCCGCUUCCCUCUCCUCCCUCCUCCCUCGCUCCGGCCCCGUGGCUCUUCCUCCCUCCCCGGGCCUGCUCCCCACCUCGUCCCGGGCAGCUGUGCCCCGCGCCGCCCCGCGCGCGGCCCUCCCGCCUGCCUCCUGCGGGCCCCGCCGCGAUGGAGCUGCCCCAGCCGGAGCCCGCGCCCGCUCCGCCUCUCAGUCCGGUCUGCCUGGGCCGUGGAGCCGAGCGUCCCCGCCACCUCCUGGGCCUCCAGACGGGAGCUCACGGCCUCGUGGGGUCCCCGGAGCGCGCGGCCGCUUCCUCGCCGGUCACCACCCUCACCCAGACCAUGCACAACCUCGCCGGGCUCGGCAGUGAGACCCCAAAGCAGCAGGUAGACAGCCUGCUCACAAGCCUAUCCCUGUCCCGGAGGCGGGCAUCUGAAUCCUCCCUGUCGUCUGAGUCUUCUGAAUCUUCUGAUGCAGGUCUCUGUAUGGAUUCCCCCAGCCCCAUGGAUCCCCAGAAGGCAGAGCAGACGUUUGAGCAGGCCAUCCAAGCAGCCAGCCGGGUCAUCCGAAACAAGCAGUUUGCCAUUCGACGCUUCCAGUCCUUGCCGGUGAGGCUUCUGGGCCACAGCCCUGUGCUGCGGAACAUCACCAACUCCCAAGCACCUGGCAGCUGGAGGAAGAGUGAGGCGUGUGGCCGAGCUGCCCAGAGCUCUGGGGAGGACAAAGAGAAUGUGCGCUUCCAGAAGGCUGGAGUGUGGGAGCACUUCAGGGAGAGAAGGAAGGGGGUGUGCUGGGAUGGUUCUCUGGCAUUUGAUGACACCCACCCAUGCUGCCCACAGGAUGGGUUUGUCUUCAAGAUGCCAUGGAAACCCCCACAUCCCAGCCAUGCCCAUGCUUCAGCAGAGUGGGCUGACCGCAGAGAAGCCUUUGCCCAGAGACCAAACUCAGCCCCUGACCUGAUGUGUCUCACCCCUGAGCAGAAGAUGGAAGUAGAGGAGCUGAGUCCUCCAGCCCAAUGCCACUUCUCCUUGAUUGCCCCCCGGGGGGCCUCCGAAGAAGAUGAUGGAUUUGUGGACAUCCUGGAGAGUGACUUAAAGGAUGAUAAUGCGGUACCCCCGGGCAUGGAGAGCCUCAUUAGCGCCCCACUGGUCAAGACCUCAGAAAAGGAGGAAGAGCAGGACCUCAUCAUGUACAGCAAGUGCCAGCGGCUCUUCCGUUCUCCAUCCAUGCCCUGCAGCGUGAUCCGACCCAUCCUCAAGAGGCUGGAGCGGCCCCAUGACCGGGACCUGCCCAUACAGAACAAGCGGAGGAGGAGUGGGACUCUUCCAGAGGAGCCACGGGAGGCCAAAGAACCUAAAGCCCGUGUGCUUCGCUCCAAGUCCUUGUGUCAUGAUGAGAUUGAGACCAUCCUGGACAGUGACCACCGAGAACUGAUUGGGGAUUACUCCAAGGCCUUCCUUCUGCAGACUGUGGAUGGAAAGCACCAAGAUCUCAAGUACAUCUCACCAGAAACGAUGGCAGCCCUGCUGGCAGGCAAGUUCAGCAACAUCGUGGAGAGGUUUGUGAUUGUGGACUGCAGGUAUCCCUACGAGUAUGAAGGCGGGCACAUCAAGACUGCCGUGAACCUGCCCCUGGAAAGGGACGCUGAGACCUUCCUGCUACAGAGCCCCAUCACACCCUGUAAUCUGGACAAGAGAAUCAUCCUCAUUUUCCACUGUGAAUUCUCAUCUGAGCGUGGUCCCCGCAUGUGCCGUUUCAUCAGGGAACGUGACAGAACCGCCAAUGACUACCCCAGCCUCUACUACCCUGAGAUGUAUAUCCUUAAGGGCGGCUAUAAGGAGUUCUUCCCACAGUACCCGACUUUUUGUGAGCCCCAGGACUACCGGCCUAUGAACCAUGAAGCCUUCAAGGAUGAGCUGAAGACCUUCCGCCUCAAAACUCGCAGCUGGGCAGGGGAGCGGAGCCGGCGGGAGCUCUGUAGCCGCCUGCAGGACCAGUGAAGGGCCAGUGCCAGUCCUGCCUAUCUUCUUUGCCUCACUGCCUGUGUGCCAGCCACCCAGGAGCCCGAGGGUCUGCUGGAGGCCCCAGGUGCCAUCCAGGGGCAGGACAGUGAGGGUGUCCUGUCUGCCCCCAGCCCUAAUCCCUAUGUCUUACUUUAAUCAUAUUCCAUAUCUUCAUGCCACCCUCACCCCACCCCACCCUGCCCCACCUCACCUCACCUCACCUCAGCCCAGCCCAGCCCAGGACAGCCCUGCCCCUGGAAGAGCCCAGUCUGUUGACUUUGUGAAAUUGGAUUAAGUCUAGCUCAAAGGAAGUAUUUUGUGUCCAGUGGAAACUUUUUGCUUUUUUUUUUUCCUUCCUUGAGUUAGCCCUUUGUCUUCUUGUGUCCAGAAAAGCCCCCUCUUUCCUAGGGGCUUUGUUUGUAUGUGGCUGGAGAAAUGCCACAGCCCCGCAGGGAUGGGCCAAAGCAGACCUCGUCCCUGGCCCGGGAGUUGGCACUCCUAGUUGUGUCUGCCAUGUUUCCUUUCUCUUCCUCUCUCUCUCCUGUCCUUCCACAUGAACACCUCUAGCACAAACAGAAGCUCUUACUCUUUCCUGUUUCAGUGUUACCUACAUGUUUGAUUUGUUUGUCUGAUCUUUUGCCCAUCUCAGGGUAUGCAUAGGCUGAUGUUUAGGUUCCUCUAUCCACUUGGGGUUAGAGACUCCAAACAUUCAUUAGCCAUUUUGACCCUGGCUUCCGUUGCCUCAGAAAGGGAUGUCCUCCUCAGGGGCCUUUGGGGGAGGGCUAAGGCCUACAUCCUCAGCCCCCGGCAGCCCAGCCCCCACUGCUGUGAACCCCAGGGCCUGACUUGUCAGAACUCGCUGCUGUCUUGUUGUGGAGGGACAGAUGGUUGAAUGGAUGGAUGAUGGAUGGAUGGCUGGAUGGAUGGCCACGGAUGCCCAAUGUCUCACACACACAAACUGCUGAAUGGAAGCAUUUCAGUGAGCAUGACAGCCUGCGGCAAGAAUAUACAUGUCUGUUUGUGUGGACGAAAUCUUCAUAUUUUAAGGUUUGGAAAUAUUCAAGACAAAAUGUCAUGGAAGCAAUGAAACCAAGGAUGUAGCCACAUCUGGAUUCCGAAUCUCAGGAUGUGUGGAGGGCUGUGCUUCAAGGCCCUGUUGAUUCAUCUGUUUGCGCCUUGGUUCAAUAAAGCACUGAGCAAGCUACAUAACUGGCAUCAUGUCCUGUGGGCCUUUGACCAGAACUUGGCAGACCAUGAGGGUGGGAUAGGGUUGAAGGCCAGAAGACGCCUGUGGAGGUGGCCU